GUUUAUGCUUCUGCCUAUUUAAACAAUUUGGCCUUGGCAUGAUAAAACAGCAGUGAUGGUAGGAUAAAGGAGAGCAGGGAGGAGCCCUUUCUGCUGCCAAGAAUAAGUUUUUUUUUCUUUCUCGGCAUCAAAAGCGGCUGAUAUCAUGCAGACAGUAGCAAUUCAAGACGUAUAUAAAAGAGAGCAAACUAAGUCCACAGAAAACUAGUUGCUCUUUCGCUCUUCUCUGUUUCAUUCACAUACACUCUCUAUUACAUCGUAUCCAAACACUCAAAAGACCUAUAACAAUGAACCAACAAUAUUACGCACCACCGCCACCUCAACAAGCUUAUCAAGGAGGAGGUUAUUAUCAGCCGCAACCACCGCCACAGCAAGUGUAUCAACAAGCUCCUCCAAACAAGGGUGGCGCUGCUAGUGGAGGUUGCUUGGGUUGUCUUGCCGGAUGUCUCGCCUGCUGUGCUCUUGAAGAACUUUGCUGCUGUUGUGUUGAAGACAUUUGCUGUUAGUUCCCAAAGGGAAAAUUGACAAGCAUGUCUUACUACAUAGACCGCACAUAUCCCUAUUACGAUGUACCCACGCACCAGAAAAUACCGGGAUAGCUAUCUCCAAAUGAAACCCAUUCAAACGGCCUAUUUUUUUCCUACUUUCCCCUUCCCUUGUUGUAUCAUACACGUAUACUCUUCUGCAUUUAGCAUUCUCCCAAAUUUCCAUAAUCAAACAUGCAAGCACAAUCAAUUCUACAUGAAACAUGAACAAAUAUACAUUAUACAUUAUACAUUCUAGC